UGUUUGCUCAGCGCGCGACACUGUCGUGGGUGAUUUCUCUGGCGCUAGGGGCGGGAUUGCCCGAAAGCCGAACGCCAGCUGAGGCGGGGACAAGGAUGGGCGUGGGGUCCUAAUCUCCAGUGCCACCCACCCGCCGGUAUCCUGUCUGGCUCCUGUCACGAGGUGUGUCUACGGCCCAGGAGCUCCUGGGACCGAGAGUCUGAGCAGCUGAUGGGCCAAGAGGCGGCGCCCCUCUUCUGCUCCCCUGAAUGCAGGAAGAGUGUGAGCAUUUGGAAAAGGCCAUGAUUAAGGAAACUUCAGAGAAUCCUUUUAGGAUACAGAAUAGAUGAAGGACGCUGAUUGGCGAUGUUGGUUUCGAAGACAACACGGGCUGCCCAGAGCUUCCUGGGUGCUGCCUUGUAGAAACACAGAGCAGGAGGUCCGAGCACAGAACCAGCUUGGGAAGUUUAUAACCAGGCUGCUGCAAAGACUAGAGCCGAGACUGGAGUUCUACCGGAGGAGCAUUGCCCAAGGUCCACGUUAGUGCUCGCCUGCCUUCCAGGCUGAGAAUCACGGAUUCAUCUUGUUCCGUUCUCUUGUGCUCCCUGCUAGGUACCUUGCAGGGUUUUUGAAUCUUUGUGAGCAUAAGAGUGAGGUUGAGAAUGGGUACCCGAGGAUCCUAGAGACAGCUUCACUGCAGGUGAGGAGUGGUGUCAGGCCCCCUGCCCCCGUGUUGGCCCCGGGCACACUCCUGGCAUCCAGAUUUUAGGAUCAUGACUCACGUGAGCAGCCCUGUCGUGGCGGAGAGCAUUUUUGACCUGGACUAUGCUUCCUGGAAGAUUCGGUCGACUCUGGCGGUGGCCGGUUUUGUCUUCUACCUGGGCGUCUUUGUGGUCUGCCACCAGCUUUCAUCCUCCCUGAAUGCCACCUACCGCUCUCUGGCUGCCAAAGAGAAGGUCUUCUGGAACCUGGCAGCGACCCGCGCCGUCUUCGGUGUCCAGAGCACAGCGGCGGGCCUGUGGGCCCUGCUGGGAGACCCCGUGCUCUAUGCCGACAAAGCUCUCGGGCAGCAGAACUGGUGCUGGUUUCACAUCACCACAGCCACUGGCUUCUUCUUCUUUGAGAACGUGGCUGUUCACCUGUCCAACCUGUUCUUCCGCACUUUUGACUUGUUUCUGGUUGUCCACCACCUCUUUGCCUUUCUUGGGUUCCUCGGUUCAGCGAUCAACCUCGGGGCUGGCCACUACCUCGCUAUGACCACGUUACUCCUAGAGAUGAGCACGCCCUUCACCUGCGUUUCCUGGAUGCUCCUGAAGGCCGGUUGGUCAGACUCCCUGUUCUGGAAGGUCAACCAGUGGCUGAUGAUCCACAUGUUUCACUGCCGAAUGAUCCUCACCUACCACAUGUGGUGGGUGUGCCUCUGUCACUGGGAUGCCCUCACCAGCAGCCUGUACCCGCCCCACUUGGGACUGUUCCUCUCUGGGCUGGCCCUGCUCACCUUGGUCAUCAACCCUUACUGGACACACAAGAAGACCCAGCAGCUUCUCAAUCCCGUGGACUGGAACUUUGCACCGGCGGAAGCCAAGGGCAACAGGCAGGAGAGGACCAAUGGCCAGGUGCCUCCGAAAAAGAGGCUGUAGCCUCGCCUAGGGACCGGGUGGACCGCGAUGCCGAUUGGCGGGCGUCCAGGGUUGGGCGAAGCUCCGCAGUGACGCAUGAGGAUGACGUGAGCGAGUCUAGAUCUAGGCGAAUACUAACUUGUUCCCUCGUAUGAAUUCUCAAGUACCCAUGAAGUAUUGCUGGGGCCCUGACGUGCCUGCAAGAGGUCUUUGCCAUCAUGGCCUUCCUGAGUCUUCCAGCGCAACCCGAACCGCAGCAUUAUCUGCCGAGGCAGGAGCUAUGGUGGCCAGUCUGGAUCCCUGAAAGGAUUCAUCCGGAAAGACCCCUUGUGGGUGUAGACGACGUGCCUUAUUUGGAAGUCGUGUUCUUAGUCAUCGCAACGAACUGACCCUAAGAAAAUGUGAUUUGCUGAUUAUUUAUUUACUAGCGUGGGAAAUUUUAAACCUGUGGCAGUGCACUGCCCUCUAGUGACAAGAGGAGGAUGGACACAGUUAUGGUAAGGGGUUCUUCUUGGUGGUCCGUCCACCCCUCCCAGGCAUGGCAGUGGUGUGAGAUCUUGAACUCCGAAAACAACAAAAGACCCCCAAGGAACCUAAUAGCCUCUUUUUAAAUGAGAAUUUUUAGUGAUAUAUUUCUUAAUUGACAGAAGAAGGUGUCUGGAUCUUUGAGCUGUUUCUAAUCGACCAGAGUGACUAACCCAGCCCCCGAUUCUGCUCUGUCUUUCCCCUCUAGGCUGUGAGGGGCUCCUGUACUCAAGAGAUGCUAGGGUGCAGAGCAAGCAGCUUGCCUGACGUGACCAUGAGCACAUACCCUCAGUGCGCUGUUUGCGGGUUAGACCUCCAGACACCGGCUAGCAAUGCUAUUGGCAGACAUAAAAACUUUCCCCGAGAACAAUUCAAGUACAGGGGUUUUUUGUUUGUUUGUUUGUUUUUGUUUUGUCAAAACUACCUGUGACGUGGUGGUUGCUCUUAAAAAUCAUGUGUGACUAUGCCUGCCAUGGUCGUCGGCCUCUGCAUAUUUGGAGUGUUAGCCCUUUAACUUUAUCGGGAUGUAUGAUGCCUAUUUAUUUCAGUCUAAGAAAGCCCUUUCCUUGUGUUCCUAAGAUUACCAACUGAAAACCUGCAGCUCCUAUGUCUGCUUUGUGGAGGCACUAGCCUGGCUUUUUUUUUUUAAACUGGGCAGAAGUUUAAUAAAGUGACGGCUCUUUCCAAAACCCAAACACACUUCCCAUCUGAUAACGUGACCUGAGGCUCACUGAGUGUCUGAGAACACUCCGCGUCCUGAACAUGUUGGCAAGUCUUCAUGGGACCAGGAUGCAAUUGGGGAGCGUCUUAGUCGGGGUUUGUAUUCUUCACAAAACAUCAUGACCAAGAAACAAGUUGGGGAGAAAAGGGUUUAUUCAACUUACACUUCCACAUUGCUGUUCAUCACCAAAGGAAGUCAGGACUGGAACUCAAUCAGGGCAGGAAGCAGGAGCUGAUGCAGAGGCCAUGGAGGGAUGUUUCUUACUGGCUUGCUUCCCCUGGCUUGCUCAGCCUGCUCUCUUAUAGAACCCAAGACUACCAGGCCAGGGAUGACACCACCCACAAUGGGCCCUCCCACCCUUGAUCACUAAUUGAGAAAAUGCCUUACACCUGGAUUUUAUGGAGGCAUUUCCUCAAGGGAGGCUCCUUUCUCUGUGAUAACUCCAGCUUGUAUCAAGCUGACACACAAAACCAGCCAGUACAGGGAGUUCAUCUGACAUUGUCUGGCCUCUACUAGGAUCGUGACCUCAGGUUACAUCCUCUCUUCAGGUGCGUCAGCUGAGCCCAUAGUUCAGGUGACCUUUGGUCGCUCCACACACACCUCCUUUCUGACCAGGACUUGUCCCCGGAACCUUGGAGACAAGUAUCCAUGAGAAGGCUCUAGGAUGCAGUGAGCAGUGGUCCCUGCCUUUACUGCCCAGAGCAGUGGGUCUCUCACUGUGAUCUUUUAAUACAGUUCUUGUCCCCAGCCAUGAAAUUAUUUCCGUUGCUACUUCAUAACCAUAAUUUUGCUGUUGUCAUAAUUAAAUAUCUGUCUGUUCCAACCCCUUGUGAAAGGGUCGGUUUGACUACCAAAGAGGUCGUGACCCACAGGUUGAGAACAACUGUACUAGAGACUGGCCACCCUUCCCAGCUAUAGCACCUUUGUAGUCCCCACUAUCCUGCCAGACAGGUCUUGGAGAAGGGCAUGGUUCAGAGGACACCGAGGAGCCCCAGCUCGCUGACGUGAGCCUGGGCUUAACCUGCUCUGUGGCCCACACUGGCCAAGAUUCCGCUGCGUGUGCGUCCCACUAGACCCCUGCAUCCGCUGUGAGGAAUUAGGACAGGGUGUCAUGGCUUCACAGUAGAGAACUUACCCCGUGUGUAUGAAGCCUGCCUGACUUCCAGCCGCUGCAGAGAAGGUGCUCUCCCACUUGACUAGUGUGGAAGACCCAAAGAGUUCUCCCUUUCUCUCAAGGUAGAUGUUUACAUGUCCCCCUGUUUUCAAGAUCAGAGACUGUGAGGAGCCCGGGGCAUUGACUGAUGGGAAACAAGCCAGUGUCUUCCCAGUCUCUUGUCCUUGCCCCUUUAAUUUAGCACCAAGGGUCCGUCUUCUCUCAGCAUGCCAUAGGCUCCCCAAAGUAUCGCUGGACUUGGUGCGGCACCGCUAGUGACUAACUGUGUGCUGUUGACUUCCAUGCCACACAUGGGCCACAUGGCUCCCGUUCCACAGACAGAGCUCCUCCUCCGAGGCCCUGCUGCUUCCACAGCAACACUGCCAGCAGGAGGCCACACCCCGCCUGAGCUCGUAAGUCCCUGUUCACACAGCCCGUGGUGACCCUCCUGAUGGGAAUUAGGAAUUAUCUCAGUCCUGUGUGCAACACCUGAGCCUGGGUACCAGAGGACGAGCAGAGACCAUUUCUAGUCUUGUAGGCUGGAGGUCCGAAGGCAGGCGCUGGCAGCUUCCCUCAGGAAGAGGCUCAGUCCUUCCUAGGUGCAACGUUUCUCUACCCCACAGGAGAAAGGUUUGCCACGUGUCUAAAGAACAGAAGGGCAGCAAAGACACAGGGAGCCCAUGUCAGUUCCCUGGAGGCCUUUAUAAGGAUCACUGGCUGGAUACAUGGUGACUGACGUGUUUUCUUUGGCUGGGGCUGUUGCUGAUUGUGAAAGCUGGUGACUGGGAAGAGGCCCUUCCCUGUGCCCCACCAGGGAUGUAAUGUGUCAGCAUAAACUUAGAGGGGUGCAUUCCAAUGCAAGUACAAAAUGCGUGUUGCCACACCCCGUGCCAGUAAGAUUUCAUGAGCUCCACAAAGGGCUCAUAUCUGUAGAGAAAAUAUUUUGUGUAUUGUAUGGAUGCAUCACCUGUCAAUUAAAAAGCCUAUGGCCUAUGGCUUAGACAAAAAAAUAAAAGGCGGGACAUCUGGGAGGCAGAAGGAAUUCUGGGAUAGAGCCAGGCAGGUGAUUGCCUGGGAAGAUGCGAGGAGACUGACGCACGGUACCUGAACACAGGUAACCAGCCACACAGCAAAACAGAUUAAAAUAAAUUUUAAGUUAUGAUUCGAGUCAGAGAAGAGCCUAGCUAUAUGGCCACGGUAUUUUGUAAAUAUA